AUGGCAGACAUAGUAUACGUCAACGAGCAUGAACUUACUCGAAGCUACACAGCAGAUGCACAAGGCUGCACUGCUCAAACACUUGAACCCGCUAUCUCCAAGCUGCCAAGUUUGGAAAAUUCUCCAGAUUAUGAGAUCUUCUGGAAAGCUGAGGACCCCGAAAACCCCCGUCUCUGGCCGCUAUGGUACAAAAGUGUCACUGUUGUGACGAUGAGCCUUGGUGCGACAGUGGUCAGUCUUUCCAGCACUCUGUACACUUCAGGAAUCCCGGGUCUGGAGGAUGAAUUCCACAUAUCGAAACUUACCGGUCUCUUCGGUGUCUUUACCUACCUUCUUGGCAUGGGGGUGGGAACCAUUGUAUUCGCCCCACUGAGCGAAGUUGUCGGUCGAAGACCAGUUUACAUAGUCUCUAUGGCCAUCUUUCUCUUGCUCAUCCUUCCGAGCGCUUUGGCUCGGAAUAUAGAAGCGAUCUUAAUCAGCAGGUUCUUCGGAGGCCUCUUCGGCAGCGCGAUCAUGGGCAACUCUCCUGCCUCGGUGAAUGAUAUUGUCUCCAAUAAACAUCGCGCUCUGGCGUUCGGUAUCUGGUCGAUUGGACCUACAAACGGCCCUGUCUAUGGCCCGAUAAUUGGCGGUUUUGUGUUCCAGUAUCUGGGCUGGAGGUGGACGAACUGGAUUGUCCUGAUCUUUGGUGGUGCAAUUCUCGUCCUGAUGUGCUUUAUCAAGGAAACAUACGCUCCGGUGAUCCUCCAAAAGCGAGCAGCAAAACUUCGGAAAGAAACAGGGGAUCCCAAGUGGUGGACGCGAUACGAUGGUGGAGAAGAUCUGUCAAAGCGACUCAAAACCGGUCUCAGCCGGCCGUUCGUCAUGCUUGUGACCGAGCCAAUCUGCAUAUUCUGGGACAGCUACAUCGCGAUCGUCUACGGCGUUCUUUAUCUGUGCUUCGUUGCAUACCCAAUCGCCUUUCAGACAGAGCGUGGCUGGUCACCUGGAAUUGGGGGCCUCUCCUUCAUUGGCAUGGGGUCCGGCGUCCUGAUCACCAUCGCAUGCGAACCUCUCUUCCGCAAAGCGAUUGAUCGUCAUCGCAAGGACCCUGUAACUGGUGAGGUAUCUCCAGAGGCGAUUGUCAGCGUGAUUAUUCUGGGUGCAAUUCUCCUCGCUGUUGGGCAGCUGUGGUUCGCCUGGACUUGCACACCGAAUGUACAUUGGAUCGUGCCCAUUCUGUCCGGGGUUCCGUUUGGUGCUGGCAAUGCAUGUGUGUUUAUCUAUGCCACUACCUACGUCGCCCGCUCGUACGGCAUCUACACUGCCUCUGCGAUGGCGGGGAAUAUGUUCUUCCGCAGCCUGCUGGGCGCUUGUCUGCCGCUUGCAGGACCGUCGAUGUAUAGCACACUGGGGCUUAACUGGGCCAGUACUUUGCUGGGUCUUGUGGAGGCGGCGUGUGUCUCCAUUCCAGUGGUUUUUUAUUUCUACGGACAUAGGAUUCGUAAGGCAAGUCCUAUGAUUCAGGAGAUGGAGAGGAUGCAGGCGACGACAGGAAAUACCUGA